AUGGCCUCCGCUCCCUUCUUUGCUCUCGUUGCAGGUGCUGGCCCUGGAACAGGCCGAGCUGUUGCGCUCAGAUUCGCAAAGGCCUACCCAGUCGUCGUUCUCGCCAGAAGCCCCGAGAGCUACAGUGACAUUGUCACAGAGAUCAAGAAGGCAGGUGGUCAUGCGUUGGGCAUCUCUACCGACAUUGUUGACCCAGCCUCGGUCAACUCUGCCUUCGAGACAAUCAAGAAAGAACUCCCCGGUAGCAAGCUGGCAGCAGCUGUUUACAAUGUCAGCGGCGGCUUUGCGAGGAAGCCAUUUCUAGAGUUGACGGCUGAGGAGCUCGACGGCGGCCUCGACGUUGCUGUACGAGGUUUCUCUAGAUUCGCCCAAAACUCCCUACCCCUGCUUCUGGAGUCGGUGCCGGAGUCUCCUAACCCCCCGUCUCUGCUCAUCACCGGCGCCACCGCGUCAGUGAAGGGAUCCGCGCUAUUCGGAUCCUUUGCUGCCGGGAAGUUUGCACUGCGAGCACUGGGCCAGUCUCUGGCGCGAGAAUUCGGACCUCAGGGUGUUCACGUGGCUCACAUCAUUGUCGAUGGAAUCAUCGAUAUUCCCAGGACGAAGCAUUUCACCACGGCCAGCUCUGCAGAAGAUGCAAAGCUUAAGCCAGAAGCAAUUGCAGAGACCUACUGGCAUUUGCACACUCAGCAUCGUUCAGCAUUCACGCAGGAGAUCGACAUUCGACCAUAUGUGGAAAAGUUUUAA